AUGGCUCACACGGCCGCAGAAUGGCCGCCAGAGGAAACCCUGUCGCUCUGGAAAGGGGAACAAGCCCGGCUGAAGGCCCGCGUGGUGGAUCGGGACACGGAGGCCUGGCAGCGGGACCCCAGCUUCUCGGGCCUGCAGAAGGUCGGAGGUGUGGACGUGUCCUUCGUGAAAGGGGACAGUGUCCGGGCUUGCGCUUCCCUGGUAGUGCUGAGCUACCCAGAGCUCAAGGUGGUGUAUGAGGACAGCCGCAUGGUUGGCCUGAAGGCCCCCUAUGUGUCAGGCUUCCUGGCUUUCCGAGAGGUACCUUUCCUGGUGGAGUUGGUACAGCAGCUGCAAGAGAAGGAACCAGACCUCAUGCCCCAGGUCCUUCUUGUGGAUGGAAACGGGGUGCUUCACCAACGAGGCUUCGGGGUGGCCUGCCACCUUGGCGUCCUUACAGAGCUGCCCUGCAUCGGGGUAGCCAAGAAACUGCUGCAGGUGGAUGGACUGGAGAACAAUGCCAAGCACAAGGAGAAGAUUGUGCUCCUGCAGGCUGGGGGAGACACAUUUCCUCUGAUAGGCAACUCUGGAACUGUCCUAGGAAUGGCUCUGAAGAGCCAUGACCAUAGCAGCAAGCCCCUCUACGUCUCUGUGGGCCACAGAAUAAGCCUGGAGGUCGCUGUGCGCCUCACCCACCACUGCUGUCGGUUCCGGAUCCCAGAACCUAUACGCCAGGCUGACAUCCGCUCUCGAGAGUACAUCCGGAGGACUCUAGGACACACUGGGGGGUCUCCUGCACAGAGAAAGGACAGGAGCCAGAAGGAGCAGAGGCCAAAUGCAUGCCCCACAGGAGGCCCAGGAGCACCUGCAGAUCAAGGAAGGCCUCCCGAAUGCUAUGGCAGAGGCUCCAGCACAGACCUGAAAGACCCUGAGCCAGGCUUCCAGGAGCAGAAGGACCAGCAGAUGGAAGGAAUGGGGCAUCAUGAAGACUCAGACCUCUGGCCUCCUUCUCCAGCCUCAGUCCAGCCACCACCCUGAGAAGAUCUCUAAGAGCAGUGGGAACCUCACCCACAGCCACAGGGAGAGUACCAUGACCCAGAGGCAACAGUGGCUGAAACUCCAGAAGGAUGCAGCAGGCUUAGUCCAGCUUGGGCCAGUGGCUGCCAGCCUCCUCCGUCACUGUCUAGUCAGUGUGGUCACCAUGCCCCAGCAGGACCACAUUCCAGACCAGGAAGCACACACAAGCACCAAGAGUACAUGAAGGACUUCAGGCCUCGGGUGCCCAGAGGCCCUGCAGUUGGCAGCCUGUGCCAGCACCUGCAGCUCUGCCCUUCCCCUCUGCCGAAUACAGACCUGGUUCUGGCUUCACGGCUUUA